AUGGAAUCUUCUUCCAAUAUUAUUCAAGACAAAAUUUCUUUACAUCAAGAUUUUAUAAAUAUUCCACAAAAUAAUAAUUCUCCAAAUAAUGAAGAGACAGACAGUCCAGAUUCUGAUACAAUAAAAAUGUUUGUUGGGCAAAUACCGAAGAGUUGGGAUGAAAAUAAAUUAAUUGAAUUUUUUACUCAAUAUGGGCCAGUCUUUCAAUUAAAUAUUUUGCGAGAUAAGGGAAGUGAAGAAAGCAAAGGUUGUUGUUUUGUUACAUUUUAUCAUCGGAAGGAUGCCAUAAAUGCACAAAAUGCGCUUCAUAAUGUUCAUACAAUGCCUGGACUUGGCCAUCCUGUUCAAAUGAAACCUGCUGACACAGAAAAUAGAAAUGAUCGAAAACUUUUUAUUGGAAUGUUGAGUAAAUCAAUGGAUGAAAAUGAUGUCCGUAAAAUUUUUAAAGAUUUUGGACAAAUAGAGGAAUGCAAUAUUUUACGUGAUCAAGGCAAAAGCAAAGGUUGUGCUUUUUUGACUUUUGUCAGUCGUUCAUGUGCACUUCAGGCUGUUCGUAAAAUGAAUCAAUCACAGAUUUUUGAGGGCUGCAAUAAACCAAUUGUUGUUAAAUUUGUUGAUGGAGGAAAGGAAAAGAAUGCAGGAACAAAGCGAUUAGAUGUAAAUAGAGGAGAAUCUAACAACAAUUUUGGUGCUGUGACACAAAUGCAAAACACUGUUGGACAGAAGCCUGGAACUGAAAUAUUAACAAAUUUGGUAUCAUUACUCCAACAGCCAGGAAUUGCUGCACUUAUAAAUUCAGCAAUCUCGCCUCAAUUACCACAAAGAGAAUUAAAUGAUGCAAUUAAUUAUGGUGGAUUUGAAAAACCAAUAAUUACUCCUGGAAUCUUUCCAAAUGUAAAUCAAAAAUCUGACUCUCAAUUAGCAACACUCCAUCAAAAUCAACGACUUUUAACACCUUUUCAACAACAAUCUGCUACAAAAUUUUGUAUUCCUCCAGCUUUUCUAGCACAAAAUAAUCAAAAUCUUCUAGCUCAAAUUUGUAGUUUGCAAAUGACUGGGUUUUUUACAAAUCCGAUAACUACACCAAAUUUUCAACAAACACAAAUACGUGAAAUACAUCCAAAUGCAGCAAUGUCUCCGUCUGAAAAAAAUUCAAGAGGUCCAGAAGGCUGUAAUCUUUUUAUAUAUCAUUUACCACAGGAAUUCUCAGAUUCUGAUUUCAAAUGCUUUGGUUUUGUUAGUUUUAACAACGCAAACUCAGCACAAAAUGCAAUUACAGGAAUGAAUGGCUUUCAAGUCGGUAAUAAGCGUCUCAAAGUCCAAUUAAAAAGAUCGGAUAUGAAACCCUACGAGAAGCCAUCUAAUUGA